ACAAGUACUAUAUAUGAUUUGAAGGUAAAUUAACAAACUUGGAAAACAAUACAAAUUAAUUGUUUACAAAAUUAUUAUUAUUACCAACUUUUUUUUUUUUUUUUUGACAAGGUUACCAACUUUCUUAAUUUUUAUAAUUUCCGCGGGAGGUCCAUUAUUUAGUGAUUGAGGUAACAUUUAAUAUGGUUGUUAUCAAUCUUCCAAUUUUUAUUACAAAAAGUAUUAUCUUUUAACUCUACUUAAUAGGUUCAUAUUAAAAUGACUCGAUAUUUAAUACUUUUUGUGUGAAAUAAAAAAUUAUGAUGAUCAAAAUAUUCCCGGUCUAUACCUUAUUUAGACAUGAAUUUAGUUUAAUUCAAGCUUUCUUGGCUUGUCUUGCUUCUUCUUUUUACUUCUUAUCUAACCUAAUUGACAUAGAUACUUCAGUGUUCAAUAUUGUCCUUUAUAGUGCCUGUGUUAUUCUGAAGUGGAAGUGAAUCUCAUAAUUUAAUUAGUGCACCGUAGACACAUUAUUCACCGCUUAUAAUUUAAUAUUGUUUGUUUUCCCCUCAAAUGCGUGCAGGUUGAAUUUGAAUUAUCUAUAGCUAGCAGAUAUGAACAAUUUCUCACACGUUCCUCCUGGAUUUCGUUUCCAUCCCACUGAUGAAGAACUUGUUGAUCACUACCUUAGGAAAAAGAUAGCUUCUAAAAGGAUUGAUCUUGAUAUCAUUAAAGAUGUUGAUCUCUAUAAGAUUGAGCCGUGGGAUCUACAAGAGUUAUGCAAAAUAGGAAGUGAUGAACAAACUGAAUGGUACUUCUUUAGUCAUAAAGAUAAGAAGUAUCCAACGAGCAGUCGUACAAAUAGAGCUACAAAAGCAGGAUUCUGGAAAGCUACAGGAAGAGACAAAGCAAUUUAUUCUAACCAUAUUUGUCUGAUUGGAAUGAGAAAGACUCUUGUCUUCUAUAAAGGAAGAGCACCUAAUGGUCAAAAAUCUGAUUGGAUCAUGCAUGAGUAUCGCUUAGAAACAAAUGAAAAUGGAACUACUCCUCAGGAAGAAGGAUGGGUUGUGUGUAAAGUGUUCAAGAAACGAAUAGCUACAACAAUGAGGAAAAUGGACGAUUCACCAUGUUGGUAUGAUGAUCAAGUAUCAUUCAUGCAAUCAGAGCUUGAAUCCCCAAGCAGAAUUUCUUCUCAUCACCCUUAUAAUGCAUCAUACCAACAUCAACAACAGCAUUAUCCUUGCAAACAAGAGUUGGAUCAAUUGCAAUACAAUAUACACAUUAAUAAUAAUGAUGCUAAUAAUUUCCUACAACUUCCACAACUAGAAAACCUCAAUUCUCCUAUGCAAUGCUCAUUAUCAACACAUUCAAUGACUCAAGAACAAUAUGGCCAGCAACAAAGUAUGCAAAUGCUUUAUGGUGGUAGCAAUGAUUUACAAGCAGUAGUGGAGCAAUCAAAUGAAUGGAAAGCACUAGACAAAUUUGUUGCUUCUCGUCUAAGUCAAGAUCAAGAUCAUGCUUCUAAGGGAACUAGUAGUUAUUGUAAUGUGGCUCAACAAAUUGCUUUGCUAUCAAAUGAUGAAUCCAAAAAAUCAGAAACUGGUGGCCAGGAACAUGUGACUUCAAUCUCCAACUCAAAUUGUCAGAUUGACACGUGGAAAUGAAAAUUUGUAACUAUAUAUGAAGAUGCAUAUUAAUAUUAUAUAUUAUAGGGAGUAGUACAGUUUAACUCCUACAAAAAUUAAAAGGGUUUAUGUACAUAGUAAACCCUUAUAAAGCAUUGUUAAAUAUUCUUAUCAGGUUGAACCUCUUGUACAAGAGAAACCGACCAUUAAUACUCUGCAACUGAUAUUUAAGUUGCUACAACUAUAGCAAAUAGUUCUUGCUUCUAGUUGAAAUCAAAGUUUAUUACUUUUUUA